GUUCAAUGCAAAGUAAAACCGCUGGGUCAAUUAUAAUUCUUAACACACUGGGACAUUGUUGCGCAAAAGAAACUACACAAUCUAACAAUACGUUUUAAGGGUCAAUUCCAAGGAGAAUGUGAUCUGCUAGCAUUUACAAUGUUGCUCGCCAUGAAGUUUGUUCCUAAGUCAAAGUUUGAUACAAUGUUUCAUUGACUAGUAAAAAGACAUCGUUAAGAUAGAACAUGGCAGGACAGGUACGUAAAGAAGAACAUGGACUUGACCGAUCAACAGGAACGAACGCCUAUGAAAACAGAAUGAGCGCUACCAGUGGCAUAGUAGUUUGGGAAUGGAAAUACUCGAGCCGCGUAUGGGUUCCUUAUCCGCCAAAAGUUUGCAAACAUAUCGAAAAUGAAUUUCAACGUUGUGCUUCGCAUGGAAAGGUUUUCCUUCAGGACGAAAUAGAGUUGAUAGGUUGGGAAAUACAUUUCUCCAAAAUGAAACAAGUGAAUCCUUUGACGAAUGAGGAUAAACUGGUUCGACGUCAACAAUAUCCAAGCUCAACCUCUUUUGCAAAUGGUGUUUACUGGAAAUGGUGUGCAGAUUAUCGAUGGCAAAGAUACGAUGUGGAAACGUCAAAUUACAUAGAAGAUGCCUAUAAGAAAAAAAACUCAAAAGUUGACUUGCAAAAAUCCCCAAUAAAAAUCCCGAAUAUUUUAGACUUCUCCAGUUACCAACAAUUGAACAAACACACAAAAUUUCAACGAGAGGUUUGUCGUGAAACAACCACGGAAAAAUAUCCUGAUCCUUGCGUUAACUCCGAUACUCAAGCAAGCUCUUCAAGCCUGCUAACACCCAUUUCAACGCAGUUGAGUGAAUCAAGCAUUACUCUAUCAAACCGAAAGAGAAGAACACCUUAUUCGAAUACAAACUCUGGGGAAAUGAAAGCAACGUCAGUUUUGCCGAAUAAAGUUCAAUCUGGACAUUCUUUGCAUCAAUCACUUCGUGAUAUCAACAAGCCAGUUGAGAAGAAACAAUUCCUUAAAGCAAGAACAAAACAAACUCAAUUUCUGAGUGGCCCACUUGCAAACUUUGCCAGAUUUGCAGAAAACGAUUUCAUACACGAUGAAGAAUGUGCAAUAUGCUUGGAAAGUUUAUGUAAUACAACAGAAGGGAAAGAAGCACAUGCACCAUUAGAGCUCCUUAAGUGUAAACAUCAAUUCCACAUGGCUUGCUUACAGAGACUCAACGAUAGUGGAAUAGCACAGCAUGGCUGUCUACGUUGUCCGACAUGCAACACCAUAUAUGGUGUAAUGAAAGGAAAUCAACCUGCAGGAGGAACUAUGAAUGUCACUGUCAAUAACAAGGCUAUUCCGGGUUAUCCCAACUGUGGCUCUAUUGUAAUCGUGUAUAAUUUUACUUCCGGUACACAGGGACAAAACCAUCCUCAUCCUGGUCAACCUUACCAUGCAAACUCUUUUCCAAGGACUUGUUACCUUCCUAACAACGAAAAGGGGAAGAGAGUGUUGACAUUAUUGAAGAUAGCAUUUGAAAGACAAUUGGUAUUCACCGUAGCUACAUCGGUCACCACUGGUCAAGAAGACAGUGUUGUGUGGAAUGAUAUACAUCACAAAACCGAAGGUUAUGGAAAUAAUUCAGGAUAUGGCUAUCCCGAUCCUAACUAUUUGGAUAAUGUUCUGGCAGAACUUGCCAGUCAUGGUGUUACAAACACUGCAUAAUAUCGUUACAACACAUAAAAAUAACGUUUUUUUUACAUUUUAAGCGUGGCUUAUCGCUAUCAUAUGUAUGUGCAUGGAAGUGGAAAUUGAAAUGUAGAUAAUUUAAUAAAUGGUGAAUUAAUCAUAAUGAAUUCAGAAA